AUGUGUUCAGUUUGAAGAAGCAGAAGACUAAGAUUCACUGUCACACGUGUCUUUCAUGAGCAAAUCGAGCAAUCUUGCACUCGUUAUUACAAUCCCGAAUACCUAAAUAUUUGAAUAUUACUGACAUGGGUAGAAUGGGCAGGAAAAAUAAACGUGAAAAAAAGGAUGGCGCUGCGUUAUCUUGGGGAACCAAGAACAAGAAUGAAGGAUAUGAUGUCGUUGUCAAAGAAAAUUCAGCAUUUGAAACGUAUUAUAAGGCUCAAAAAAUCGUCCCUGAUGAUCAAUGGGAAUCGUUCAUGUAUCACUUGAAGGAACCUCUCCCUGCUUCAUUUAGAAUUUCUGGGCAUCGUAAUCAAGGAAAAGCUAUAUUGAAAAUUAUGGAAGGGGAAUAUUUUAAGGCAUUGACUGAAGAACAAGCUAAACCUGAAUGCCUUACUUGGUAUCCUGAAAAUCUGGCAUGGCAACUGAGUCUCACUAGGAAAGAUAUCCGUAAAUCUGAAGCAAAUGUGAAACUACACAAUUUCUUAGUGUCAGAAACUGAAGCAGGAAAUAUUAGUAGACAAGAAACUGUGAGUAUGAUCCCACCCCUUGUUCUUGAUGUCCAGCCCCAUCACAAGGUUUUAGACAUGUGCGCCGCCCCCGGCUCAAAAACUAGCCAAUUAGUGGAAAUGCUACAUUGUGAUGAGGGAAAAGCACCAGAAGGUUUAGUUAUUGCAAACGAUUCGAACAACAAAAGAUGUUAUCUGUUGACUCAUCAGUUGAAGAGACUGCCAUCACCAAAUCUGAUAAUUACAAACCAUGAUGCGUCUCUGAUGCCUAAUUUUCAUAUUCCUACUCCAGGAGGAGGGAAGGAUGUCUUGAAGUUUGACCGAAUUUUGUGUGAUGUGCCCUGUUCUGGAGACGGUACUCUACGAAAAAACUUGGAUGUUUGGAUGAAAUGGAACAGCGCCAAUGGAUCAAGUCUUCACGGUUUGCAAUAUCGAAUUGCGCGACGUGGAGCUGAAAUGCUAUCCGUGGGUGGGAAAAUGGUUUAUUCUACAUGUUCGUUGAAUCCCAUGGAAAACGAGGCAGUCAUUCACCGCUUGCUAGUCGAAGCUAAGGGAUCGCUGGAAUUAGAAGAAGUGAGUGACAAAUUGCCUGGACUGAAGUAUGUUCCUGGAUUGUCUCACUGGGUCGUUAUGAGUCGGGUUUUGACUGCCUAUGCAACACCGGAAGAAGUUCCUGAAGCAAUGAAGCACAUUCUUCGAGGAUCAUUGUUCCCCCCUAAACCUGAAGAUGCCGAUAAAUUUCACCUGGAACGAUGCUUGCGAAUUCUCCCUCAUCAACAGAACACUGGUGGAUUUUUUGUUUCUGCAUUGAAGAAGGUGGCUCCUCUACCAUGGGAAGCACAAGAAAGGAAACCAAUUGUAGCAGCUACCAACAGCACUGCUGUGGUAAACACAGAAGUGGAAUCGACGAAGGACAACGCUCCUCGAUCACCUGCCCGAAAGAGGCAAAAGAUUCGAGGGUUUAAGGAAGACCCUUAUCUUUUUUUCGACGAAGAUGAAGAAUUGUGGCCUCCCAUCAAAGAAUUUUACGGAUUAAGUGAUACAAUGGACCCUAAGUUACUGUUGACUCGCUGCAAAGAGGGAAAGAAAAAGAAUAUUUACUACACUAGUCCCAUGGUUCGCGACUUGACUAGAACAAAUGAAGACCGAUUAACGAUCAUCAAUACAGGAAUUAAAAUGUUCGCGCGCAGUGAAAACAAGGGCACCGAUUGUGGAUAUCGUAUCGCCCAAGAGGGAGCGCUAGCAAUGAUGGAGUUCAUGAAGAAGAGACGAGUAGUAAUCACAAGAGAUGAUAUGACUAUGCUACUUUUGAACGACGACAUGAACACGCCACCGGAAAUUCAUUCGUUUAGUUCAGGUGCAGCCAAGCAGUUGCACGAAAUCGAUACUGGCAGUACGCUGAUGGAAUGCUAUGAGGAUGGACUUCAUAUAGUCGUAGUUGCUUGGAAGGGGAAAACGUCUGUUAGAGCAUAUGUAGCAAAAUGUGAUCGGAUACAUUAUUUGCGCUUGUGUGGAGCUGACCUAUCGAAAUUCGAGGUAAAUAAGUUUGCGGAAAAAGAACGUUCAGCCCAAAAUGACCUAGAAGAAAAAGACGAAAAUAAAAAAGAAGAUGUUAGUAUUGAUGAAGGUCAUAAGGUUCCUGUCGACAUGGACAACGUAGAAAAAGAGAUUCCAGUUGAUAUUGACAACGCAGAAAAUCAGGCUCCAGUUAAUAUGGAUGUCGUCGUGAAAGAAGACGCGGUUGCGGAGUAAGGAGCAAUGAUUCUUUCAGAAUUUAUUUUUCCAUUAACCUUUGUAUUAUUGGUUCGUACAUUAUCAAUAAAACACAAAACAUGAUCCAA